CUCUCCCUCACACCACCACAACCACUCGAAUAUCGCAUCAAGCUCACCAAUGGCCCGUACCAAGCAAACAGCCCGCAAGUCCACCGGAGGCAAAGCCCCGCGCAAGCAACUCGCAACAAAGGCCGCUAGGAAGACAGCACAGACUGCCACUGGUGGUGUCAAGAAACCCCACAGGUUCCGCCCUGGAACCGUCGCUCUCCGUGAAAUCAGGCGUUACCAGAAGUCCACUGAGCUGCUUAUCAGGAAGCUUCCCUUCCAGAGGCUCGUUCGUGAGAUCGCUCAGGAUUUCAAGACCGACCUGCGGUUCCAGUCUUCCGCUGUGAUGGCCCUUCAAGAAGCCGCCGAGGCGUACCUCGUCUCUUUGUUCGAGGACACCAACUUGGCUGCCAUCCACGCCAAACGUGUUACCAUUCAACCCAAGGACCUCGCACUCGCCCGCCGUCUCCGUGGGGAGAGAUCUUAAAUGCCCAUUCCCGAUCGAAGGCCUCACCCUUAAAGUAUGCUCAGGUGUAGAGCCUUUCAGCGUGGCAUUCAUUCAUUAUAGUGGUCGUUUUCUUUUGGCCCCCACGCGUUAUGGACGUAUUUAUUCCGUGAAAGGCGUUGUAUUUUCUUGUAUAUGUAAUAAUACAUAAGUGUUACGUUCAAAAAAAAAAAAAAAA